AUGGCGGACGGAGGAAGUCACAGGGUAGGACUGGAGUUACUGGGAAAAUGCUCGAAGGAAGAGGCCGAAAAAGUGAGAGAACGAAACAAAUUUUUUCGAAAAAUUAAUAUGCAAUGAAAUUUCAUGUGAUGCACUUUUCAGCUUUUACUUUUAUUAUGGGAAAUAAAAUGUCAUGUGAUGUUAAGUUCUACGCUAAAUAAAGGUUUUUCUGCGUGAUUUGAAGCUCAUAUCAAUCUCCGCCUCACAUUUUAAGUCGCAAUUUCUUAUCAAAGGGUUCUUCUUCUUCCGUGGAGAAGUUUUUUCUAGUGCAAGAAAAUGAUGAGAAAUGAUAGCUUUCUUUUUAAGAAUGCGAAACUUUAAUCAACUUCGGAAUUGUUAGUUUUGUGGCCGUUACAAAUCUCGAUUGCAGCAUGUAAUCAGUGAGCUUUGAUUUCAUUAUUAAAUUUUUGAACCUUUACUUAGAUAACACACGAACUGUUGGAAAGUAUAUGUACUGGGAAGAGCUUGAGAUAUCAAAACUAUGGAAAGAUUUGGACAACUGAAGAGUGGAAACUUUUACAACAAAAUGGAAAGGAAACUUUAAAAGGAUUCACUUCAAGAGGAAUGGACAAGGAACAGGUUUGAUUUUGUGAUUUACAAGUGUUUUGUUUUUUUUUUUUUAUCAAAUGAUGAUUAAAAAAUUACAGGUACUAGGUAUGUUCUCUGCACUAAAUUUGCUGCAAUUGACAGACAGAAAAUAAUUAUCUGGGAGGCCACCAGAAUUGUAUUAGGAUAAAGGCGGUCAGAUCCUAAAGAAACUGUGGCAUUGCAUCAGUGGAGGGUUUUACAAGAUAAUUUGGUUCAUGGCCACCACAAAGAGUUCCCAAAGCUGAAAUUUUGAGCAUUAGCCCUUAGACAGGGUGAACAGCUAAAUAAUUGAACCUUCAGCUUUGGAAACUCUCUUUGGUGGCCAAUUUACAUUAUUCUAUCUGUCUGUGUUUCCAUCCAUUCCUCUGUCUGUCUCUCCAUUUGUCAAUAAGUCUGUCAGUCUCAGUCAGGUUGUCAGGAAAAAAGUGAUUAGUUUAAAGAGAAUGUGCUGUUGCACAAAGGCAAGAGAAACAGUUAAGCUUAGUUUUCACCAGUAGCACAAGCACAAGCACAAGCACAAACACAGGCACAACAGCUGAUACAUGUAUUUCACCAUGAAAACAGCCUAGACCCAAGCAUAAACAAAAACACAAGCACAAACACAUAUUUACUUUAUAAGGAUAUUUAGCUUAUGGGUGCAUUUUUAGCUUGUGCUUGUGUUGCUCAUGAAAACCAGGCUUUAAUCCCAGUAGUGAGUUGUUACAGGUCAAGGGAAUGAUGGACAGAGGCUCCUUCCUUUUACCAUGUGUUUGUUGGAUGUCAGGAAAAACGAUUUUAAUUGUGAAAGAUAAGAACUAUUACAUCAGCUUUAACCCUUUAACUCCCAAGAUGUGAUUGUGAAUUCUCCCCUCUUGCUGCUACACAUUCCCUUGUAAAAUAUUUGUGGAAAUUUGAUAUUGGAUCAAGAUAACAACUUAUGCCUGAUAAGUUUGAAUAUUCUCAUCACCUGUUUGCUGGAUGACGUAUGGAUAUCACAGGAAGAAGUUCUUGCUUCUGGGAUUUAACCCUUUAACUCCCAAGAUCUGCUUGUUAAUUCUCCCUUCUGGCUGCUACAUGUUUCCUUGUAAAUUAGUUACAAUAAUUUGGAGUAAGAUCAAGAUAACAACUUCUACUUUAUAAGUUUGAGUAUUCACAUUACCUGCUUGCUGGAUAAUGUAUGGAUAUUAUAAAGAGAAGUUACAUGUUUAUCACUUUGGGGAGUUAUUGUUAGUGAGCAUUUUUUCAACGGUCAUGAAUCAUGAUCUAAAGGACAAUUUUCACCCAAGCUCUCUGACAAGUGCAAGUCUCUUUUAUUUGGAAAUGGUUUCAAUUGUUACUCUGAUAUUUUUAAUGCUUCUGACUUUCAUUUUAAUGCAAUUUUUUACUUUAUUACUUUCCAGGUACAAUAGGACUCCUGCAAAAUUUUCAAUUUGUUAUAUUUUUACAUUUACACAGAUCUCCAAGGAACUUGACAGAUUUUCACUAACUUCUGAGGUUAAACAAGCCAUACUUGAUUGUGUCUGGCCUCGUCAAGAAGAAGUGAGACAAAUGCUAGUGUUUAAUGCAGCUUCAAUAUCAAAUUCUUACCUAAAAGAUUUUGACUGGAAAGUCAAGGUACAUGCAACAUUUGAUUAUACAUAACAGGAAACUUUUUCUUGAUGCCAGUAAAAUUUAUAUCAUGAAUGACUGUGUAAAAUUGAAGUUACAGCAAAAACUAGUUGUGAAAAAUGAUGUUGAGUAACUGUGUUCUUUACCUCAUUGCUCCUGUAACACAACUGUCAAGUUUAAGUGUAAUCUUGAGUUAUUUGAAAAAAGGAAAUAUGUAAAUAAAAAACUGGCCACUGAGCUAAUAAGAUUUAUUAUUUUAUAGCUAAUAGCAUUUGAAAAUUUACAGCAUACUGUUAUCAAAUACAAUGUGGGGUAUACAGUUAUAGACAAUAUUGGGAUCAAUAUCAGUAUCUGGGCAACUGCCCACCUACCUCUCCCUAACCCAACAUUAACAUUAACUUGUUGUCAAUUGACAACAAGUUUGUUGAAUUAGGGGAGGGGUAAGUGGGCAGUCACCUAGAUACUGAUAUUGAUCCCAAUAUUAAUCUCAUUUUGAUAAUAGAGAAAGGCCAGAGAGAACUGAUUGGGAAUGAGUCUAUGUGUAGUGGUCCAACAUGCUGUGGGAUUGGCCAUGUUUUAAUUUACCGCUGUAACUCACAUUAUCAAUUUUCAAAGAAAGACACAGUUUAGUAAGCAAGAAUUCAAGCACUGGCUUAGAUACUGUAUAAAGUAGUACAUGUACAAGCAAUGCUUGUGAACUUUUACCCCUUUACUUCUGAGAUCUCAAUAAUAAUUCUCCUCCCUUUAUGUGAUGUAAUUCUUAUUAUGUUGGUUCAGAGAAUUUGGUAUUGGAUCAAAUCCCCUUAUUGGUAUGUAAUAUAUUUUAAUUCUCAUCACUUGUCUGCUCAGGUUGUACUGAUAUUGUAGGGGAAAAUUCUGUCUUGGUCACUCAUGGAAGUUUAAGAGUUAAACCAGUUAUGAAAAUCAAAUCAGUUCCAAUAAUAAUUUGAUGGUUCAUUUUAUUUUGGUCCUAUAGAUGACAAUGUCUAGUGAUAAGUUGGCCAGUGUAAAAGAACCCACUGUCACACUGGACUUUGAUGUCAAUGAGAGUGGGAAAGAUAGGAAUGUUUCUGUUGAGCUUUCAAAGGAAGAAUUAGACAAUCUUAUAUCAUCAUUAGAUGCAGCUAAUAAGGUACUGUGA